AUGACCAGCAGCAGCGUGGCCGUGGACUGUGAGAGGUGCCAGUGCCACGGCGAGGACAAGCGCACCGCCAUCCUCUACACCCUCCUCAGCCAGAACCUCCACCACAGCCGGGGCGGCCGCAGCCCAGCCCACCAGCGCUGCCUCUGCCACCAGCGCCGGACCGUCUGCCUCCGCACACCCCACGUCACCUGCCAGGCGGCCUCCAACGUGCUGGUAAAAACCAUCAGCUUCAUGAAAAACCUCCCUUCCUUCCACCUGCUGCCGCGAGAGGAUCAGCUCCUGCUGCUGGACAGCUGCUGGGUUCCCCUCUUCCUCCUGGGGCUGGUCCAGGAGAUGGUGACCUUUGAGGUGAUGGAGACCCCAGCCCCCAGCAUGCUCAAGAAGAUCCUCCUCAAUGGCCAAAGCAAACGCCAGGAGCCCGAGCGGACGCAGCCCACGCUGGCUGCCGUGCAGCGGCUGCAGUGCUGCCUGAACACCUUCUGGAGCCUGGACCUGAGCCCCAAGGAGUACGCCUACCUGAAGGGAGCCGUUCUCUUCAAUCCCGAUGUCCCUGGGCUGAGGGCCUCCCUGUACAUCGAGAGCCUGCAGCGAGAAGCCCAGAGAGCGCUUCAGGAGGUCCUGCAGCCCCUGCACCCCGAGGACCAGGGCCGUUUUGCCCACAUUUUGCUGAUCGCCUCCACCUUAAAAUCGAUCCCUCCUGCCCUCAUCACGGAUCUCUUCUUCCGACCCAUCAUCGGCGACGCGGACAUCGUCGAGCUCAUUGCGGAAAUGCUGUACGAAAUAACCGGCAGGCAGCUGGCUCCCACGGCACGCAUGGCGUGCUGA